AUGAACUACAUCUACUCAACAGUCAACACCCUCCGGGAUCGCUACACCCCCGUAUCUCACAAGUCAACCUUCCGCCAAACCGGUCAAAUCACACCCGAGGAGUUCCUUGCCGCCGGCGACUACCUCGUCUACAAGUUCCCUACGUGGUCGUGGGGCGACGCCGAUUCUCCUGAGCGCCGAGUCAGCCAUCUUCCCCCCGGCAAGCAGUUCCUCGUCACACGCAACGUACCCUGCCACCGCCGUUUGAACGACGACUUUGCCGGCGAUGCAGGACACGAGGAGGCUCUUGUCAACGACGGUGAUGACUUCAAGGGCGCUACUGGCGAUGAUGAGGAUGGUUGGUUGAGGACCGGUGGACUGUCUAGUUCGCAGCCGCUCAAGGUUAAGGAAGUGAGAACGGUGGACGACUCCGGAAAUGUCGGCGAUAGAGAGGUUGUGGAGGAUGAUGAGAUUCCUGAUAUGGAGGACGAGGACGAUGAUGAAGCCAUCAUUCGAGACACAGGCGCCGACUCCAAGAACAGCGGCCACCGAACAUACACCCUGUAUAUCAUGUACUCACCCUACUACCGAACACCCCGCCUGUAUCUCUCAGGCUAUCUCGCCAACGGCCAACCUCUGCCACCCACCGACAUGACAGAGGAUAUCGUUGGCGACUACAAGGACAAGACAGUGACCCUCGAAGACUUCCCCUUCUUCGCAAACAACAUCAAGAUGGCCUCCGUGCACCCCUGCAAGCAUGCUUCAGUUAUGAAGACACUACUCGACCGUGCCGAUGCCGCUCUCCGUCUACGCCGCGAGAAGCUUCGCGCCGGCAACGCCAGCAGCAGCCAAGCGCCAUCGGGCAUGGAAGGUCUAGUUGACGAGAUUGGAAAGCUUGAUGUCAAGGGCGCCCAGGAGGCGGCUGACAAGGAUGAGUGGGAGGAGGUGCAGGAGGCCGAGAUUGACGAUCAUGAGGUUGCUAUCCGAGUGGAUCAAUAUUUGGUUGUCUUCCUCAAGUUCAUGGCCAGUGUGACACCUGGUAUCGAGCACGAUUUUACAAUGGGUGUCUAA